UUAACAUAUCCCAAAUGUCAAAGAAAACAAGCUCACCUACAAAUUUAAAGACACUCAUAGAAAACUCAAUACAUGAUAUAAAAAAAAAAAUAGGAAACAUAAGCAGACCGUGUGCAAUGGCUAACAAAGGACACUUUAUCGAGAGGAAUGGAGCAUUUCGUGCUGCCGGAUUGCCCUCCUUCGGGGACGAUAAGAUUUCUUUCAAGGAUUGCGUGAUCAUUGCCCAUCCGUCGGAGGAUAUUCGGCAUCAGAUAGAGCUGCAGUGCAGAAGAAACAAGCCACAGCCCUUCGGAAAACUGUCGCCAAUUCUUCCGGAGAGCAAAAUGGGCGAACUUCUUAGCAGUGAGGGCCAAAAGUCGCGUGUGGCUGUGUUCAAGGAGAAGUUCCUGGAGGACAUGUACUGUAAGUUUGGAAAAACCGGUCAAAUACAGCCAACGCACUCGAAGCCCGAUGAUGUCACCAAUUGGAGUCAUACUUUCGGACGCGCCAAUCCUCCAGCUGAAACCCUAUAUAGCACUAUAAUGCCGAAAAAGUCGGUCGAUCAGGUUAAUCGCGAAUACGCCGAAUUUCAUCAAGGUCACAUCGUUAGUAACAACCAUUAUUUUCCAUCUGAGCAGAUCAAUCGCAGAUAUGAAAAGCCCUUUGAUCGAUCUAAUACCUAUGGAGUCUUGCAAGGCGCCGAGCACAGUGGUUCGACCAUGAAGAAAUGCUUAAUGCAGGGUGACGAACAUUUAACAGUGGUCUCAAAACCGUGGAUGGAUUAUGUUAAAAAAACCAAAGCUCCUUUGGGUAAAAAAUAUGAAAAAUACUUAGACAAAGUGCCGGACGUGUUCUUUGGCUAUCGUCCCCAUACGGACAAGUGCACCAUCAGAAUGUUGCUGGAGGACAUUAGGCCGUGUGAAGAGGACAAUACCUUGGUGAUGGCUCUAUCCUACUUGAACCGGCUGCGUGAGAGUCUUCACAAGCGGAAUGACUUCUAUAUGAUGGAUCUGAUAGCUUCGCUGGAGAGAGAGGACAAGGAGCAUACGGGUCACCUGCCCCUCUCGCAGAUCCUUGGGACCAUGUACAAACUGCACAUCCGUGUGGAUGCCGCGAAAAUCCGUACCAUGUUGUCGCACUUUGGUAAGAUCCUCGACGAGGGCUGUCCCACGGAGCGGGUGAACUACGACCACUUUUGUCGUAUACUCUCCGUCCAGCAACCGCUGCCGAAUGUCGGAUGUAUUGGCCAUAUUCCGGAUAACAUAGACAACAAGGAAACUACGUAUACCAAACUCUGCAAGGAUCGCGUGAAAGAUAUAACUGUGUCGCCGGAAUGUAACUGGCCCAACCGGAGUGCUCACCGUACAGACGAUGUCAACACACAUGUGAAGGAUGUCAUACAACCGGAACUGCCCAUUAAAGUUGGCCUCAGACCCAGUGACAUGAGUUGGCCAAGGAGCAAGGAUCAACUAGAGCGGAUAUUCGAUAAUAUUGUGUCCAAGGAUGCGUUCGAAAAUAUUUGGCAGCGUAUAAUGGCAAGGAAGAAGACCAAUGAUCAGGAUCAGAAGGAAUUGGCAUCUGUUGCACAGUUUCGUGCUGAAAUGACCUACGAUAUGCAUUCUUCUACAUAAAAAAAUGUGAAAUUA